UGGCGCGCGCGCGCGCCGUCUAACCUUUUUUUCGUAAUCGGAACGAGCCGACGUUGGCGGCACCAAGCGAGAAGAGAAGAUGAGGAGGGAGGCCGUCGACCCGUUAUAAAUGGAACUAGCAAGACAGCAUUUCUUGAAUCGUUUCUUGUGUUAUUAUUCGCAGCGUGUCGGCGCACUGGCCCGCAUGUUUGCUCGCGGUGCGACCGGAACGUCGUCCGCCGCCGACAUUAUCAUCACCGUGGUCCAGGAGGCGCAGUCGAAUCGUGGCCGGGCUGGAAAGUGUUUUCGAAAGGAAAAAAGAGAAAUCUCGAGAACGAGAAAGCGGCAUUUUUGACGGCACCACGCUCUUCUUUAGUGUAUCUUCGUUAUCGGUGACAAACUUCGAAGGAAAAAAAGGAGGGUUGCUCGUGGCGACACUGCGCGCGAUUCCAGAAAUCUGCAAAACGCGGUAAGUCGGUAAUGGCCGUUUCUCCGUUGCAAAAUCGUCUCGAGACGCUCGGCACCGACUUCGUGAUUGCGACGAUCUAACAGUGAAUCACAAGAGCGACAUUUCGAAAGAUCGAUGUGUCGUCGAGUCUGAAAAGGUGGUUGUUACUCAACGCAGUUUAUCGCGCCGUUGGGGAGCGUGGUUGGAAUAAACGUCGCAUUUCAAACUGCUCCGUGAAGUUGUCCGUAGUUCGAACGUGAUUAGUGGAAGAACAACCGAGUGCUACCAAGUGAAUAAAUAGAAGCUUUGUACAGAGACAAAAUUAUCGAAGAAACAGAUCCUCGUCGUAGAAAUUGUCUCGAGUGUAUACGAAAGCUUGUUACGAACCGGACAGAGUUCUGUCGAAUUUAACGGUUCUCUUUGUGUAAACAUUGACGUUCGUGAAGUAAUCUGCCUGUAAACAAUUUUUUGCGGUCGUUCUGCGUACGUGCGCGAUGUGAAUACAUUUUUUAUGGUGAUAAACAACGCGAACAGUGUUGAUCGGACAGUAUAUAAUGUGCAAGGGCGGUUCGAAUGACACCUAACAUCCACGUCUGAUGACAAACGUCAACAGGAUCAGGGUGGUCGUCCUCGGCGGCCCCAGAGUUGGAAAAUCAGCUGUGGUCGUACGCUAUUUAACGAGGCGAUAUAUCGGCGAGUACAGCUCAACCAGUGAUUUCCUGUACCGGCACAGCGUUACCAUCGAUAACGUUAAUACCGAGGUCGAGAUACUGGACACUUCCAGGUGCGAGGAGAAUGGCUGUCUCUACUCCCAUAUACGGUGGGGCGAGGCUUUUGUCGUCGUUUACAGCGUCACGUGUAAACGAAGCUUUCAAGAAGCUCGCGGGUUGCUGAAACAGCUUGCCGAUCUACGUUUGCCAUCCUACUUUACAGCACUGUUACUUGGCAACAAGAGAGACUUGGAUCAUGCUCGAGAAGUAUGCGUGGACGAGGGUCAGCAGCUAUCGCUCGUCCACGGGUGCCAGUUCUACGAGGUCAGCGCCGCGGAGAGUCCCGCGGGAGCAGCGUUGGCGUUCCAGGCGCUGCUCCGGGAAGCCAGAUCGGUGCAGCUGCUCCGAGCGUUGCCGAUCCGCCGGAAAUUGGGCGUGCACUCGGUGUCCAGGGUACUGGGAACGAUCUUCGGGAAGAACACGACGAAAGACCGGAAGAAGAGGCCCUCGUUGAGCAUAUGACGCCUCCUCUGCGCCCUCCUCCUCGGAGGUCGUGACGAACCAGGCAGGAGAACCGACGUGGUGGUUCUCAGCAGCAACGUGUACUCGAACCGCUGACCGGGACUUCGAAGGAUAUCUUUGUUGGCCAAUUGACGAGCAACCGACGCGUCCUUCGAUGAGAGAAGAGGCUCGCAGUCAGGUAACGAGAAGGCGAAACUUGCAAGGACUCGUCGCGUCCUCCGGAUCGGUCGGAGAGGGUGCAGGAUGCGCGUCCCUGGCUAUUCACGCAGGAUCGAUCGGGAACGAUUCGCUGGGAAAUUGGCCUGGCGUGAGAUCCUAGAGACGUCGUUUCGUUCGGCAUCCGGCAGCAGGGACACUCGUGAGAAUACGCUGGAUGGAUCGAGCAACGGGCCGUGUGAAAGACUGCCGCGACCGUGGAAACGACGAAUGGCUCGUGAAAUCGAAAUGGAAACGGAGUGUAAUGCCGUACGAGAUACCCUCCGUCUACUUACCUAUCCUUUCUCUUUGUAACCGCGAUUAUUUGUCUCGUGUUUCUUUUUCUACCCUUAUGUCGGAGUGAUAGCCUUCCAGGGUGAAUCCAGCGCCGGCCCAGGCGUGGAGACGUCGAACGACCAGGUACAGUUGGUGGAAAUACUGUAGCCGAUUACUUCGACCUCCAAAAUAUUACCUCACCAAAUAACUGCAAGCGUCGAAUUUUCCAAAUUUGUUUCAUUUAGGACAUCAAAUUUUUACCGAAUCUUAUCAACCUUGUUCAGGGUCGUGUGGACUAGCUUGGAAUUACCUUUCCGAUCGUUGUCUCAGAUUUUAAAUGAUAUUGCAAAGUACAAAUGUACUUGAUCAUCAAUGUACUUGAUGGCUACGUAUUUAAUUUAUGAUUCAGCUAUAUUGUUUUCACCAACUAUACGAGUAUGGCGACUAAGCUGUUCCUGAACGACUAAUACUGUAGCUUUAAAGGGUGUUCCGGAUGAGCGAUGCUUCUCAGAAGCCUUAAUUCGAAGGAAGAAACUGAACAAACCCGGAAAAUUUUGACCAGAAUUAUUUCUGAGAGCAUCGGAAUGAAAGGAAUAGCGUUGACUCUCAUCAGGUUGAUCAUCGAGUUCCAUAAAUAAUGUUCGGGUAACUUCUACAAAAAUACUCUUGAAAAGUUAUUCGAUUAAAAUCUAUCGGUGCAACAUUACUUAUGGAACGAUCGGAGUCGGUCGUUAAUAAAGUUAGCUUAUUUAUUUGUUUGUCGAGUCAUUAAUUUACAUUUGUUGUUAUUGAGAAAUUGAGGUCUCGAGCGUUGCGUAUGCCGACUUUUAAUAAUUACAAUUAACACCGUUACAAUUCAAUGCUAUCGUAAGUAUCACGCGACCUUUCUUUUUUCCAGCUGCUGCAAUUUUAUGUUAACAGAAUUUCGAAGGAACUUCGGUUCCUGGAAACAGUUACCCAUCGCAUUUUUAACGUUUGCGAAAUCGUUCGGUUUAUACAAAUAUACACAGAUUUUUUUAAAAAUAAUUUGCGACAUUUGAUUUAAUUGAAAUCGAUAGCGUUGAAUAACAUUUUUCGGAUCACCUGAUGAGAUCACGUGUUUGCGUUUCGUGCUAUAUUCGCUCUCGGUUUAUCGCCGCAAGCGACGAAUUUUGCCGAUUCUGAGCUCGUUUCUUCAUCGCGGAACCGGAAACGGGCUCUGAGCGCGGGGACUGGCGUCGCCUUUGAAAACAAGCCCGAAAGUCUUUCAAAUUUACUCUCCAUCGAACGUGGAGUUCGUGAACGCGUUGCGUUAUUCGAUCGCGUAUAGAGAAAAAAUAUAUUUGUUUAACGCGAUCGGAACGAGGGAAUCGAAAACGAUCUCCUCCGACGAGAAACGACGAGAAUCGAUCGCAAUUAUUGAUUUUUGAUAACCCGUUUGGUCGUUUCAUAAGUCGUGGUAUGCAAACUGUUGACAAAUCGCGGGUAUAAUGUCAACGGACUGACGCACAAAUAAACGAUUAUAUUAUGUGAUAAUAGUGUAAACAGUUUUCAUUUUACGCAACGUUCACGAAGUUUGUUUUAUUAAACGGAUUUGUUAAACGAUCCAACGUGGAAUUUUUUUUCUGCAAAUAUCAAGAUUUUUCUUUUGUGAAGUCAUAAAUGUAUAGUUCUAUAAACUAUACAUUAUUACUAAAAUCGAGUUACAAUUUUGCAGAUUUUUCAAAAUUGUUAUUCUCGUCGUUUCCCAAGAUCCGAAGCUGGAAUUGAAACGAGACGCGAGUUUCCGUUCUCGAUAUCGACACUUCCGAGUUCCGUGUGGAAAAUCGAUUCGACCUUAAUGUUCCUACUGAAAGUAGCCUAAGUGUACAUAGCGUUUGCCGAAUAGAGCAAUCGGAGAAGAAUCGAUAUGUCGGUCGAUAAUGUAGUUGUUAAGCAAACAGGGAGAAGGGAGCUCGUAGUCCCUCGAGUGUAUUUAUCCUCGCAUAAAUCACCAAUCGAUCCGUUUAUUCGAUACCUUCAGGCAUCGUGCUUUACUCUCGCGUUGCAAACACUUCCCACGUUCAAUACCGAUAUAAACUUUACCAAAAACCCUUUUAAUAUUUCCAAAUUUGUUGAUUUUUAAAUUCAAUCUUAACGUACGCGAUCUUGGGGUACUUCUGAAAAAUUAAUGUAGUAAUUGUAUUGUAUUUAUUUUUUCUAACCAAAGGGUACUUUCGAAAGGUUCCUCUUAUCGUACCCUAGCGAAGUAACGCGUUGUUUCAAGUAGCACAAGCCUUAAGGUAAUCGCAUACGAAUUCUCCCUAAUCGUCGCGCCUUUUCUCGCGACAGAACAACUGACCAGGUUGGAGCAUUUUCUUUUUUUUGUAAAAAGAUGAUCGUUUCUUUGUUUUUUUUUACUACGGUUAAACACGUCGAGUUUAAGGAUCUUAAGCGUAAGUCGUGUACGUAAAUAGAGUUUUCAGUGCCUUUCGAGAUGUUCACGUAACAGCUCGCAAGCUCACCUUUUCGCGUGUUCUCACUUGUUCCUUCUUUUCCCUCUUUUUUUUGUAUUUUUAUACCCGCGAUCAAGCUGGAGGUAAAUAUUUGCGCAGCGCCGAAAAGGUCCGUGAAAAUUGUUGGAUGGUAAAUAUUGUUGUUAAGGGGGUGAGAAAGGUUUGCUUGCGAGCCACGUGUCGACGAGGGAUGAAAGUAUACUUGUAUAUGUGCUUCCAGAGCGUGCCUAAAAAAAUCGAUACAUUCCAGAACGAUGCGCGAAUAUCGAGGAGAAUCUAACGGGCGUGAGUGUGCAUCCCGAUGUAAUUCUGUUUUCUUCUCUCUCUGGUGGAUUCUGGCCGAUAUCGAUCGCUGUAUUUUAAGUGCUAGUCACUUGUUAUCGUACAUUGAGAAAGAAUAAAAUUCUUUUGUUAAA